AUGAGUAACCACAGAUACCACCAUGGGGGCAGCUACAUGCAUCCGCGGAUGUCGUAUCCCCACCACUUCACCUACGUCAGCUCCUGCGUGAAAUACAUGAUCUUCCUGCUGAAUUUCCUUUUCUGGCUAUUCGGCGGCCUGCUCCUGGCCAUCGGUGUGUACGCGUUCAUGGACAAACUGAAGGAUGGCAAUGGGUGGCUGCGCCUGGACACCGUCUACGAUGUGAUCUUCAAUAUAUCCUUGGUGAUGAUUAUUGCGGGCUGUGUGAUAUUCGUGGUCAGCUUUGCCGGAUGCCUGGGAGCUCUGCGGGAGAACACCUGCCUGCUGAAGUUCUACUCGAUGUGUCUGCUUAUGUUUUUCAUCAUGGAAAUGACUUUAGCCAUCAUCUGCUUCGUGUUCCCGCAGUACAUGAACUCGUUCUUGGAAUCACAGUUUGCCGAGAAGAUUAUACACUCGUACCGCGAUGACUCAGAUCUGCAGAAUUUCAUUGACUUUGCGCAGCAAGAGUUCAAGUGCUGUGGCCUCAGCAAUGCUGGCUACCAGGACUGGAGCAAGAACGAGUACUUCAAUUGCUCCUCCCCAUCUGUUGAAAAGUGCGGCGUGCCCUACAGCUGCUGCAUCAACGCCACCGACAUCAGUUCCGGCCUGGUCAACAUUAUGUGCGGCUAUGGCGUGCAGGAGCACUCGGUGGCAGCCGCUAGCAAGCGCAUCUGGACUAGCGGCUGCAUUGAAAUCGUGCGCGUCUGGGUAGAACGAAAUCUCUAUGUGAUUGCUGGCGUGGCCCUGGGCGUUGCCUUGCUCCAGCUGUUCGUCAUUUAUCUGGCCAAGACCCUGGAGGGACAGAUAGACCUGCAGAAGUCGCGCUGGUCGUGAGUGCCAUACCAUCAUCCGUACUUGUACGGAUACCCGUGCGACGAAGACUUGUACUACAACACUCAAAUGUGAGAGAUGGCCCUGGCGGCAGGAGCACGACUGCCGCCGCUGAGCUGAUCGAGCUAAUCUGGUCCUACAAGUGCUCAAAUACUAGUUUCCCCCCAAAUAGUUUUGGUUUCAAUAAUGUCUCUAUAUUUUAUGUUAACUUAUUACUCAGCCUCUGUUCUCAAGCCCUGUGCAAUUAAUGUUUAAAUUGCAAUCAAUCAUCACUCCCCCAGGCUACCGCCUGAACCUAACCUAACCUACACUCUCUUGCCGAAAAAUACAGUCUAGUUUUACAUAUAUUUGUAACCCAUAAAUAAUCCCAUAGUGGUCCUAGCAGUGUUUACAUAUUAGUUUUCCAGCAAAUAGUUUUGGUUUCAAUAAUGUCUCUGUCUCUGUUCUCAAACCCUUUGCAUUUAAUGUUCAAAUUGCAAUCAUAUUUAUACUCUCUUGACGGACAACACAGUCUAGUAUGUAUACCCCAUAAAUAAUCCCAUAGUGGCAUAGGCCAUUUUUAAGGCAGCUCUGUACGUUUUUAAUGUCUCAGCGUGAUCCGUACCGUAGUCACAAAAUCAAAGCAAAUGAACAAACACUUAAAUAUAUGCGCAAUAUCGUAUUAAUAAUAAAAGACAUUUGUAUAUAAGUAUAA